AGUUUUUGUCAGAAAAGAGCGGGAAAGCGCCCCCAUCCAGCCUGUUAAGCCGAGGAAUCGGCGAGUCUCCCAGCCCCACCCCUGCAGCAGUGAUGCAAAGAGAACAAAUCACCGACGUAGAGAGGAGGGAAAAAAAAAAAAAGAAAGAAAGAAGGAACCCCCUGGGGGUGGUGGGAGGAGAGAGCGGACGGAGUAAGCACGGAGCAGUCUCCAACCACUGGGACGAGAGGGAGCGCUUUCUGGGGAAACAAACUCCGCAUAAAUAAUUGAGUUUGGAGCCCAGUGCUUUCAGAGGCUCGGAGCGCACCUCCCCAGCGCCUUCCGAGCUGAAAAGGAGCCGAGCGGGGAAAGAGGUCGGUGACGGGAGCGAGAGCAGCUCGGCCGGCGGUGGGACGCUGUGCCCGCAGACGCCCGCAAGAGGGACAGCAGGGCCCAGCGAGCAGAGCCCAGCGAGCGCGGGAAGGACAGCGCGCGACUGGCAAGGAGCCCUCGCCAGCGGCGGUGGGAAGACAGCUGGCCUCCGCGGAGGCCGCGGAGGCGCUGCAUGGACCGCAUGCGUUUCUCCGGAGGCCCCAACGAGGGGCCCGCGGACAACUCCAGCCAGGGGUGGCCCCUGUUAGCCGGCGGUGUCAACGGCAGCCGGGCAGCGGAGGCGCUCGGGGACGGCGGCAGCCCCCAGGGGGACGUGCGCAACGAGGAGCUGGCCAAGCUGGAGAUCGCCGUGCUGGCUGUGACUUUCGUGGUAGCCGUGCUAGGCAACAGCAGCGUGUUGGUGGCGCUGCACCGCACCCCUCGCAAGACGUCCCGCAUGCACCUCUUCAUCCGCCACCUCAGCCUGGCCGACCUGGCCGUCGCUUUCUUCCAGGUGCUGCCGCAGAUGUGCUGGGACAUCACCUACCGUUUCCGCGGGCCCGACGGGCUGUGCCGCGUGGUGAAGCACCUGCAGGUGUUCGGCAUGUUCGUGUCGCCCUACAUGCUGGUGGUCAUGACCGCCGACCGCUACAUUGCGGUGUGCCACCCGCUGAAGACGCUGCAGCAACCGACGCGCCGCUCGCGCCUCAUGAUCGCUGCCGCCUGGGUGCUGAGCUUCGUGCUUAGCACGCCGCAGUACUUCGUCUUCUCCAUGGUCGAGGUGAACAACGUCACCAAGGCCCGGGACUGCUGGGCCACCUUCAUCCAGCCCUGGGGUCCCCGCGCCUAUGUGACCUGGAUGACGGGUGGCAUCUUCGUGGCGCCCGUGGUCAUCCUGGGUACCUGCUAUGGCUUCAUCUGCUACCACAUCUGGCGCAACGUCCGCGGAAAGACGGCUUUGCUCCCCGGAAAGGGCGCCGAGGGCGCGAGUGGCGCUUUGCAUAAGGGGCUCCUGCUCGCGCCGUGUAUCAGCAGCGUGAAGACCAUUUCCCGCGCCAAGAUUCGCACGGUGAAGAUGACUUUUGUGAUCGUGACCGUUUACAUCGUUUGCUGGGCGCCCUUCUUCAUCCUUCAGAUGUGGUCUGUCUGGGAUGAGAAGUUUGUUUGGAUCGAAUCAGAAAACCCGGCCAUCACCAUCACUGCAUUACUGGCUUCCUUGAAUAGUUGCUGUAAUCCCUGGAUAUACAUGUUUUUUAGCGGCCAUCUCCUGCAAGACUGUGUCCACAGCUUCCCAUGCUGCCAGAACAUGAAACAAACGUUCAACAAAGAAGAUUCUGACAGUAUGAGCAGAAGACAGACUUCUUACACUAACAACCGGAGCCCCACAAACAGUAUGGGUACAUGGAAGGACUCGCCUAAAUCGUCCAAGUCCAUCAAAUUCAUUCCUGUUUCAACCUGAGCCCACAUUCACGCAGCCUGACUCUUGUAGUGGUCUUUUGGGUCUACUGGCUGAAUCCAGCUAGAAAUCAUGGGAACAAACGAACUUCUAAGAGAUAAGCAAGCGUCAGUUUGUUGAGUGCAAGACUGUGUUUCUAGUUGCAUUUUCUCAUUGCUAUGACCAAAAGUUAUGAAUUGUUUUAUAUGGGACGUUAAAAAAUAAAAAAAUAAAAAAAUGAUGAAAAAAUAUGCUACACUAA